UUUAAAUUUAGCAGAAAUAAGCAAAAUAAAGCGCUUUGCAACCCCAAUUCCCAAACAAAACGUAAAAUAUGUAAUCUGUGGUUUCGAAAUUAUUAAUUAAUUAUUAGAUUUCUCUUCCUUUGAGUUAAUUACGCUGGUUGUUACAGCAUUUGUGUUAAAAUUUUACGAGAAUGCCUCGAGUUUCUGACAGUGGAUCAUCUUUGAAUAAUAGCUUGGAGCGAGUUUCCAAUCUGAUAUGGGGCUUCUUCAAUCUUGUAUACUUCUACUUUUCAAGUUUACUUGAUCCUUUUGUGAGUGUUGGUAGAAAUUCAAAUCUUAACAGCAGAUCAAGAAAUGACAGAGGACCUCCAAGGCCACCAGGCAGAGGAAACUUCAGAUCUUUUUCAGAUAUAAGUGGGUCAUCUAAUUAUGUUCCUCCCCCACCCCCUGGUGGAUGAGGUCGAUAAGGACUUCAAGCCUGGAGUCCGUGUGAAGUUCUCUCUCUGUGUAUUGGAGAAAAUUCUUAUGAAAUUGCUUUGGUAAAAGUUUACACCCCCCAAAGUGAUGGAUGUCAUUUCUCUCCCUUUUCUUCAUCUUGUGUAUGUUAUGACAAAAUAAAUAGUUAUUUCUUUUUUUU